AAACCCUAUUCUACAAAGUUUGAGGACUUCAUAUCUGAAAGGAGUGAUGAUGAUGGUCUGGACACAUUUUAUUGUGAAAUUUUGAAGGAUGAUAGGCAACUGCAAGAUCUAUGGUCUAUUAUCAAAAUUUCUCUUUCUUUCUCACAUGGGAAUGCAAGUGUUGAGAGUGGUUUCUCGGUUAACAAAUCACUGUUGAGUGAAAAUCUUAAGGAAGAAAGUUUAGUUGCUCAACGCUUAGUUUAUGAUGGGAUCCAUUUUGCAGGAGGUAUUGAUCAAAUAAAUAUAGACCAGAAAAUGUUGUUAACAGUCAGAGGAUCUAGACAGCGAUAUAUUGAAUCUCUGCAACAGAAAAAAGAUAUUCAGAAGCAGCAGACAUUGAGGGCUGAAGAAAAAAGAAAACCUACACAACAACUUAAGGAUUUAAAACAACACAAGAAAAUGUUAAGAAAAGAUCACGAAAAGGAAGAAAAAGAGAUUGAAAUGAAAAUAAAUACACUUGAGGAGAAAAGGCUAAAACUACAUUAAUAUAAUAGUUUUUGUGUUUUGUGAAUUGUAAUUCAAUUUUUAUUUUCUAAUUAUCUGUAUAUUGAAAAAAGAGGAUUAAUACUAAGAAGUUUCUCUGUAUUUUGAUUGUCCAUUUUGUAAAAAAAUAAAAAGAUUUUACAAUAAAUUAGAUGCAUUUGUUAGAGAAGCUAUAGUAUAAACUUACAGCUAUUCCUCUAUGUACAAUCAUUGAUUUUUUUUACAUAGGGAAAAUGCUUUAUUUAAAAAUUUUUAAAUUUAACUUUUUGUUAAAAUUACAUUG